AUGACGUCCAGGAUGGUACCAAAUUUUUGUCAGAAUGCUGGUUUGAAUGAAUGGUAUGUCUUAAAAGAUCAAUCGACGCCAAAUGCUAAAGAAUUUCAUCAGUCCAUAAAAGAAUUGCCUAAAUCCACGAAAGCGUCAGAUUCAAAGCCAGAUAUGCCACCAAAGCCAUACGAUGAUUUAUUUAUUGAACCAGCUGGAGAUUAUGAUGUUGUUUAUGGCGAUUCGAAUUCGACGUGA